CCCACAUGGCCAUCCUCCAUUCUUCAACAAGAGACUUGGCCAUUCACUUACCAUCUACCGAAAUGUCAUCUACCGCCUCCGCCUCCGCCUCCGCCACCGACAGACUCACUUGUUGGUGUCACCAAUGUGAUAUGAGCGUCACCCUCCUUUUCUCCUCCACCUCCUCUUCUUCUCCUACUAUCUCAUUCCCCUGCCCCCACUGCCACUCCCUCUCUCUCGAACACAUGGAUUCCCCUCCAAAUCUUAUCUCUAAUUCCCAUUUCGACUUCCUUUUCGCCGAUUACGAUUUCGAUUGUGAUGAUAGUAGCACUAGUGAUACUGCAUCCAAUUCAGUGACCGAUGCUUGGCACUCAUCAAUUACAAGUGUGGUAAUAUCAGAUUGUUUGUCACAAGAGUUGUGUGUUAUUUGUAAAGAUGAGUUUUUUGUUGAUUCAGAAGCCAAACAACUCCCUUGCAAACACCUUUACCAUUCUCAUUGCAUCCUCCCUUGGCUUUCCCACCAUUCCUCCUGCCCUCUUUGCAGAUUCCAAUUAAUUCCAGGCGAUACAUAAAUCAAGUUUGAAUCUGCAUCGUAUCAUCAUUCUGCUACUACAAAUAAAUUAAACAAGCUGUGAUUGUGUUGUGAGUUGUUCUCUUCUCCACGAUUAACAAGCUGGGAUUUUGUAAGCUCAAAUAAGAAAGUUUGUUCAACUCUAAAAUGUUGCUAUUUCAUUGUAUCUGUUUCCUCCAGUAUUUCAGAUUUACAACUGCUAACUCAUGCCCAUCUAAUUUUCAGAAACCAAGUCCCUGUUCCAUCUCGAAACCAACAGUUUUUUUGGCCCGAAAUGGUGUUUGUCAUUUGCAUAUAAUAAAAGCAGGAUGAUAGAUACGUGCUUGCUUUGUGAUAAAAACCCAUGUUUAAAAUUAAAUUAAAUCAAGUAGCACAAACAGACACAGACAGGUGAUGUGGCGCCACAUCCUCCAAUUAGAUAAGAAUAUGAAACACCAAAUUGUUUUGUUCAAGUAAUCUUUAAAGGAAACUUUUUCUGCACGAAUUAAACAAAAACAAUUGUUCUUCAGAUAUAGAGCCAGAGCAGUAAGCAUUCAAUUUUAACCAACUUUCAGCAAACAACUCAAGUCAAAGUUGACCCAGUCCUCCAUAUGGAAACUUCUGUGAAGUCAUUAUCUAAUUUAUAUACACGUAAACAUAACGUGAAUAUCGUGGGAAUUUCUGUCUGUGUUCCAAGUUUGAAUCUGG